AUGUCGAAAGCAGAUCAGCUCAUCAUUGAACGACGCUUACGACCGAUAUACGAUGCUAUCGACGCCGGCAACCCUAAAAAAGCCGUUCAAGAAGCUGACAAGGUUUUGAAAAAGCAUCCUGUUACAGUUUGUGCCAAGGUACUUAAAGCACUAGCUCUCAUACGAUCAGAUAAACUUGCUGAUGGGUUCGAAAUCAUCAAUACGUUAGACGUUCCUGGAGCACAGUUUGAUGACGGCACACUGCAAGCGUUCGUUCAUUAUAGAAUAACAACUCUCUAUGAGCGUGCAGUUGCAGUAUGUCCCACCGAACAAAAUCUCACUCAUCUUUUCAUGGCUCAUGUUAGGAAUAGGUACAACUGGUUGCAAUGCGUUUGUACAAGGAGUUCGGCAACACCCCUUAUUUCUUUUGGGGCUCAUGAAAGUCCUGAAAUGGGUGCAAAAAUGUUUUACCCUCUCGCCGCAAGAAUGGUGGAAAGUCAAGUAUCGAAGCAUGGCUAUAAAGCUGGAGCAGGUGAAAUCAGUAUUAUCUUUGCUUUUCUGUUUUUGUUUCGUUUUUUUAUUUAUAAUUCUGAAUCAUUUGUUUCACGUGCCGUUGGACUGCACUGUGUCCUUGUAGACGCCAACUGCUGGGCUGUUAUUAUGAAUGAACGCCUUCGGCGAACUAUAGGAACUAUGGAAAAAAUGCCAAGAAAGGAUAGGAGAAGACAUGUCCAACUCAUCGUCCAAGGAAUUCUGCAGGUUUCUAUCUCAUCGUUCUACGAAAUGAUCCUGCUACUUGAAUGGACAUCAAAUGAGUAUCCAACGGAUCCUUUCUGCAAACUAGUGCUUUGUCGUGCAUAUUCUCAUAUAGGAUGUAUGUAUCGUUUGGUAGCGCUGACUCGUUCCCUUGAUAUUAAGUCUGUACAACGAGACACGCUAGGCUACAUUAUGUUUCCAUUGCCUGAACUUUGUGGAAGGUUUAACGUGGGAAUUGUUCAUUACACCGAGAUGGUCGACGUCUAUGAACAGGCCGAAAAAGAGAUCAGUGAAGCCUUGAUUGGAGCUUAUCGAAACGGUGCCUUUAUACAAGUUCCUAAUCUCAUUGCCCUUGCGAAUAAAAUGAGGAAGUCAGCUCUGUCUGUCGCAUCUAAUGAACUGCAUCGCUAUUUAUCAGCUCUUUUCGCUAUCGAUAACGUGGAUGAGGCUGUCAGAACGCUGCACGGCAGUGACGACACAAUUGGUAAGUUUUUUUUNUUUUUUUUCUGGUGA